GGGAACAUUUGACAAUGUAAACAUCACUGGUUCUCAAGGAAAAAGUCACGAAGACACAGACAACGCAGCGUGCCUUUCCUCGCUUUUACUCAUUCAUUCAUUGAUACAACAAGAUUGUCAUAUAUAAACAACUCAACCUCCACAUACUCAAAGCACAAACAAUUCUUUACUUGCUGCUCGGGUUGUUCUCAAUAUUCUCUCUUGCUUCCUGACUUCCUAUCACUGCAAAUUCAGUUCUUUGUUGCCUUGCAAGACAUGUGUCCUCUUAGGUUCAUCCUGAUCUUUUUCUCCACCAUGUUGGCCGCCUAUAUUGCAUGGACCACCAUGACUUCCUCACCAGAGAUUGAUUUCACCACCCAAGACAGAGAAAACAAAGCCUCCUCCAACAAGGAUCAUUUCAAUUUCAUCAAGAUGAUUCAGAAUGGAUUCUGGGUAUUCGUUGACAUGGCCAGCGGGGGAUAUCUAUGGAGGAAUUUGAAGUCCAGGAAUGAUGGUGUCCGAGAAGUAAAGAGCUCUUAGAAGUUGGAACUUUCCAAAUCCCAAUCUUGAUUGUUGUUGCAGAAACUUACAAUUCAUUGUUUUAUUUUCACCCCCCAGUGUGAAGAAACCUGUAAAUUCUUGUCUUUCUUUUGUUUUCCUGCUAAUACAUGAUAGGUAAAUGGGGAAGUAACUUGUAGAAUUCAAAUAAUUUUGCAAACCAAAUUCAGUGUUCAUUUUCCAAA